GGGGCCCGGGGUGGGAGGCGGGUUUUACCCGCACGGCCGCGGCGGCGGAGGAGCAGCAGCGGCAGCUAGGUAGCAUAGCCGGGGAGAGCAGAACAAACCAGCGAUCAGCCGGGAGGUUGGUUCGCUGCGCGGCAGCGGUUGGAUAAAGAAAACCUCUUUGUUUCUGUAAAUUGCUGCUACCUGUGGCAAGAACAUGUCAUCCAUCUUACCGUUCACUCCACCAGUUGUGAAGAGGCUUUUGGGAUGGAAGAAAUCUGCUGGUGGUUCUGGAGGAGCAGGUGGUGGAGAACAGAAUGGACAGGAAGAAAAAUGGUGUGAAAAAGCAGUUAAAAGUUUGGUAAAGAAGCUAAAGAAAACGGGAAGAUUAGAUGAACUUGAGAAAGCUAUCACCACUCAAAACUGUAAUACAAAAUGUGUAACUAUACCAAGCACUUGCUCUGAAAUUUGGGGACUGAGUACACCAAAUACGAUAGAUCAGUGGGAUACAACAGGCCUUUACAGCUUCUCUGAACAAACCAGGUCCCUUGAUGGUCGUCUACAGGUAUCUCAUCGAAAAGGAUUGCCACAUGUUAUUUACUGCCGUUUGUGGCGUUGGCCAGAUCUUCACAGUCACCAUGAACUUAAAGCAAUUGAAAACUGUGAAUAUGCUUUUAAUCUAAAAAAGGAUGAAGUGUGUGUAAACCCAUACCACUACCAGAGGGUCGAGACUCCAGUUUUGCCUCCUGUGCUAGUGCCACGGCAUACUGAGAUUCUAACAGAACUACCCCCAUUGGAUGACUAUACCCAUUCCAUUCCAGAAAACACUAAUUUCCCAGCAGGAAUUGAGCCCCCAAGUAAUUACAUACCAGAAACACCACCCCCCGGAUAUAUCAGUGAAGAUGGAGAAACAAGUGAUCAGCAAUUAAACCAAAGUAUGGACACAGGAUCUCCAGCAGAACUCUCUCCUAGCACUCUUUCCCCAGUUAAUCAUAGCCUAGAUUUGCAACCAGUUACUUAUUCUGAGCCUGCAUUUUGGUGUUCAAUAGCAUAUUAUGAGUUAAAUCAGAGGGUUGGAGAAACCUUCCAUGCAUCUCAACCUUCACUGACUGUAGAUGGAUUUACAGAUCCAUCAAAUUCAGAGAGAUUUUGCUUAGGUUUACUCUCCAAUGUUAACCGAAAUGCUACAGUGGAAAUGACAAGACGGCAUAUAGGAAGAGGAGUACGCUUGUAUUAUAUUGGUGGAGAAGUUUUUGCUGAGUGCCUGAGUGAUAGUGCAAUCUUUGUUCAGAGUCCAAAUUGUAAUCAGAGAUAUGGCUGGCAUCCUGCAACAGUGUGUAAAAUCCCACCAGGUUGUAAUCUGAAGAUCUUCAAUAACCAGGAGUUUGCUGCUCUUUUGGCUCAGUCUGUGAAUCAGGGUUUUGAAGCCGUGUACCAGCUAACUAGAAUGUGCACCAUAAGAAUGAGUUUUGUCAAAGGAUGGGGAGCAGAAUACAGAAGGCAGACAGUAACAAGCACCCCUUGCUGGAUUGAACUUCAUCUGAAUGGACCACUACAGUGGUUGGACAAAGUAUUAACUCAGAUGGGAUCCCCUUCAGUGCGUUGCUCAAGCAUGUCAUAAAACCUUCACAUCCUAGUACCAGUGGGCUAAAUAUUUAGUCCUAUCAGCAGACUUAAGAUAACAGCUCGUCUGUCGUAGUAUUUGUGUGUGGUCUCCAUGAACUGUUUACUAUCCAAAAAUUCAAGAGAGAAAAAACAGCACUUGAGGUCUCAUCAUUUAAAGCACCUUGUGGAUUCUGUUUCCUAUUACUCUAUUAGAUGGAAAAAAAUAGUGUAUAGAAAUACCUUCCUCUAAAAGGAGGAAGGAAAGGUUUUAAAGACUUAAUGGUGUCUUAUUGGGCAUAAAACUGAGUGUCCCAAAGGUUUAAUAAUUACAUCAUUAGUUGUGUACAGGUAAUGUAUCAUGAUCUCCAAUAUCACAGUAUUGUUGUGCUAUUCAUACAAUUUUAGUUCCCAUAAGUAGGUGUGUGUGCACUGCUUCUUGAUUUAGGCAAACCUUCCAUAAAAUUGCAAGCUGUUAUCCCCGAUUCUUCAUUACUUUUGUGUUUUUGUUUUUAUAAUAUAUGCACACAUAUAUAUGUACUUAUAUAAUCAGAUCUUCAUUUUGUCACAAGGAAGCAGAGAUUCCUUGUCAAAAACUGAUUUUUCUGACUUACCAAAAAUAAAGUAGUGGGGGAACAAAA